CUAGAGUUUAACUCGACUCUAAGCAGUUUUCUCGCGACAAAUUUUCCUCUAGUGCGUGAAUAUUUUUCAACUCGGUACUUAAUUUUCCUAUAAAAUUCGGACAAAAAUAAGAGAUUAAAAAAGCGAUAAGAUUUGACUUCGAAAUACGGAAAUCAGGACACGUAAUUAGUGGAUCAUUUUUCUUCGUCAAAACGGAGUUUAUUAACGUCUAAGUUGAGGAAUCUGGUUGCAAAAAAGAAAAUGACAUAAAAAAAUUUGUGUUGCGAAAAAUACUGCUAAUUAUUCGUCGCAAGUGAAAGUUGCAAUACGUGCUAAUUUUGUUACAUGUGGUAAUUUUUUGUUAUUUAAAUAUCUACUCAUAAAAAAAUCAGAGCUACGGUUUAAUUAACUGGCUACAAAAUUCUUGGAAAACCUUGUGUACGUAGGAAGCAUGAAACUGUGAAAAAAUAAAUUGUGAAUGAUAAAAUAAUUUCAAAAUAUUAUAUUUAUGUAAAGUCAUCUAAAAAGUGGAAAAGAUAUACGACUUAAGAUUGCACCAGCAGUCGACUUUCGAAAUAUUUCUUUCCCUCGAUCGCUGACUUCAAAGUUGGUGCAGAAAAAGAAAAAAGUGAGAUGAAAAUACUGCUACAGAGGGAUUAGCUGAUAUAAUGAAAAAUGAGAUUUUAAGUGCCAUAAAAACUACUUGAAUGUGAAAUCGUAGAGGAAUACGAGAAGUUUUCAUGAAAUAAUCGUAACUUUGGGGAUAUAUAUAAAAGUCAUAAGAUCCAAUAAAUCUUCAAUUAUCCCAUCAUCAGAUGCAAAGUGAUUUAGAAACCUCGAAUUGUGCACUAACGAUUACCUGCUGACAACCUAAUGGAUAUAUUUUGAUGUUGUCAGUUGACUAAUAGCCAACUUGAAUGAUUUUUCAAUAAAAAUUGUCAAAAGACUUAAUCAUUGACGCGAGUGAAGACAAGAAAUAUAAUAAAAUUACCGUAACAUUUGUUUCGUAUUUUUUAUAUCUACAAUCUCGUGAAAAACAAGAAAGUGAAGCUUCAGUAAUUUUUUUUCUUAAGAAAAGAAAAUCAUCAGUCUGUGAUUAAUAAGAAAAAAAAAAUUCUGUACGCAAUUUGUGGUGGCAUGGAUGAGAUGUAUAUAUUGUUGUUUAACUUAAACUUGAGUGUGCCAAUAUCUCGCAACAAUAAUAUUUAAGUGAAAACGCAAAAAGUCAAUUUUCUUCUGGUGACAAGUCAAAGACACGUGGGACCUUCAUCGAACGUCGUAACAUCGACAACUGAAAAUCAAAUCGUCACAUUAAACGAAAGUUUCGUUGUGAUUAUCUCAAGAUAAAUUUAUCGGGGAAUAUUUUCAAAUGUAUUUUUAAUAUCAUCAAAUAAAAACAUUAAAGUACGAAAUUUUAUUUGCUUAAAACUGACAACGACAGCCAACAAAGCAUCAUCAUGAAGUGGAAUGAUAUCGAAAGUAAAAGUCCAAUAGGACCACCUCGUAGUGGAACCACUCUACAAAGAAGUGCAACUCUCCCAGCAAAUCCGAAAAUAGCGAAAAGUCGCGUUCCAUUUCGUGUUCGUUCGCCAUCAACAGAUCAGAAUAACAAUCAAAAUAUUACCAUGACGUCAGAAGAUUUACUUCAACCCGGUCAUGUAGUGAAAGAACGUUGGAAAGUCGUACGAAAGAUUGGCGGCGGUGGCUUUGGAGAAAUCUACGAGGGUCAAGAUCUGAUAACGCGAGAACAAGUCGCGUUGAAAGUCGAGUCAGCACGUAUGCCGAAGCAAGUUCUCAAAAUGGAAGUGGCAGUAUUGAAGAAGCUUCAAGGCAAAGAGCAUGUUUGUCGUUUUAUAGGCUGUGGCAGGAAUGAUCGAUUUAAUUAUGUUGUGAUGCAACUGCAAGGAAAAAAUUUAGCUGAACUUCGUCGAAGUCAGCCUCGUGGUGCAUUUUCACUCAGCACAACACUCCGUCUGGGAGUGCAAAUACUCAAAGGAAUCGAAUCGAUUCAUUCUGUUGGAUUUUUGCAUCGAGACAUUAAACCGAGUAACUUUUCAAUGGGACGUUUACCAUUUAACAAUCGUCGUGUGUACAUGUUAGACUUUGGACUCGCUCGUCAAUACACGACGACAAGUGGUGAAGUUCGAUGUCCACGGGCUGCUGCAGGCUUUCGUGGGACAGUAAGAUACGCUUCAAUAAAUGCUCAUCGUAACCGUGAAAUGGGCAGACAUGACGAUCUUUGGUCGCUCUUUUACAUGUUAGUUGAAUUUGUAAAUGGCCAAUUGCCUUGGCGUAAGAUAAAGGACAAGGAACAAGUUGGACUUAUGAAGGAAAAAUAUGAUCAUAGACUUUUACUCAAACAUUUGCCGUCAGAUUUUAAGCAAUUUUUGGAGCACAUUCAGUCACUUAGUUAUGCUGAUAAGCCUGAUUAUGCAAUGUUAGCGUCACUUUUUGAACGUUGUAUGAAGCGUCGAGCAAUAAAGGAAACGGAUCCUUAUGAUUGGGAGAAGACCGAACAGCUGUCACAAAUCAAUAAUCAGGUGAACUGUUCGUCGAUACUUAACAGUAAUGCGCAAGCGAAGAACGAUGUCACUAAUACUAAUCACGCUGUGCCACAAGUGACAGUUCAAGCGUCGAAUAUCAGCAGCAAUGAACAAAAGCAGCGAAAAAUUGACAGUGAUAUGAACAACAUUGCGGCAACGACUGAACCUGUUCGACAUAUUGAUAAAGUUAAAGCUGAUAAAAAUCAAAAUACUGGUCAAGUUGUGUAUAAGAAUACUCAACAGAAACAAAAUUCAGACAAGCAAGAGAAUCCUCAUGUGGUGGAGAAGAUUCCACCGAUUCCUAUUAAACAGUUCAUCAUUCAACAAGAGCAACCUGAGACUCCGGAAACUGAUGGCGAUUUAGAAUAUCCAAUGAUGAAUAAACUUCAGAAAACAGCAUCGGAAGUGAUGAUUCGUGAACAUCGUCAUCCACCAUCAGCUGUUAAACCAAAUGAACUAGCCAUAAAUGAUAUAAAGAAAUCGUCUAGUCCCGCUAAGCGUCGUUCGACUUCACAAGUUGAUAAUGAUGCUGAAAAGUCGAAUAACAAUAACAACAAUAGUAAUAAUAAUAAUAAUGAAAAUGUCAAUCCUGCUCAAGUGAAGCAAGAAAAAACGACAUAUGGACGUUUACGAGUACUAACAGCACCACCAACAAGUGUCGCAAAUGUUCAUGAACUUGCACAAGAUGCUUCUGGAUCUCCACGCGACAAUGAUAACCAACCAUUCCAAUAUGAUGUAAAAAUUGUGUCAAGCAAUGAGGGACGAAAGAAUCAACGACGUCAUCGACCGAAUUCUGGUUCAAGUGUUAACCUUCAACGUUUGAAUAGCUCGGGAACAAAUCGAGAUCAUUCUAUAACACAAUUUGCAUUAAUCGACGAUGAAAAUGUGUCAGCAUUGCAACAAAUGACCAAAGGUGGUGGUGGCUUAACACUCGCAUCACAAUGGAAGUCACAAUUUGAUGACUCUGAAGAAACGACUGACAAUGAGUGGAAGCAAGAACCACAAAGUCCAGAACAUCAAAGAAUCCAAUACAUUUCGCAGCAUCAUCAGCAACAACAUCCACAUUAUCACACGCUGCCCCAUCAUUCAAGUAAACAUCAACAAAGCAAUAACCACGAUCAUCAGAUGGGUCAUAUCAAAACAUCAGCCACACAACCGCAAUCAUUGCAGACGACACCUUCACAACCUGUCGCGCCAACAACACAAAAAGACAUGAAUAACACGCAACAAUUUUUUAUUCAACAUAAAGGACGAAAAGAUGAUCAAUCACUUAAGCAGAAGCUUAAAAAGAAGAAAAGUCAUCUUAACAUUGCUGGCAUUGAAAGUUUUCCAAAUAUUCAAGAUUAUUUGCCACAUUGUUGGUCGGAACCGGCGUUAGGAAAUAUUUUACGUCACAAUCUUGAACCUCCACUGUUACAACAAGCAGCAUUCGAUGAGACGAUCUUCAAAAUGGAUGUUAAUCGGAAUGUGGGUGUUCGUGACAUUUGCAAUGAUGAAAAUGCGCAGUCAUCAGUGCAGCCUUUUGUAAAACUUUUUCAAUACAAAAGUCUCCCGAACAUAGCAUUUGGCGAGUAUGAGAUAAUGAGUCCAAAGAUUCGUCAAACCGACACGACAUUCUACUAUCAAGCGAACUCAAGUGAGCCAAACAACAAUUAUAUUUCAAAUCCAUGUAUUGUUAUGGAGAAGAAUGUUGGUGAUAACAAUGAGGGUGAAGAAGCUCCACAAUCGCCAAUAGAAGUGGGAGAAGAAGAACACGCAAUAAGUGGACGACUUGAAAUUCGCGUGCUUAGUAAAGAACAAAUGGCUGUAAAGGAGCCAAGCCCUAAUCCCGAAGAGUCAGUUUAUUAUGAUGCGGUUGUCACAGCAAAUGGUGGUGGUGGUUCGUCUGUUGACGCUUCAAAACCAAAGGAAGGUGGAGAGAAGAAGGAUAAUGUUCAAUACGAAGAAGAAUUCAUUUGGAUCAAUAAAAAAGAUCCACAAGAGAAAAAAUAUGACAUAAAAGUUUAUGAAGACAGUUUAAAAAUUCAGAAAUAUAAAAUAAUCACAAUUGAUAAGUCAGAUGAUGCUUUGGAUGGUGGUGAAGAUGGAGAUGAGAAUGAAGUUGAUAAAGUUCCUGUAGUGAGCGGUGAUAAUUUAAAGAUCGAAGAAGGCGCUCAAGCCAAUGAUGAGAUUGAAAGCACAACCGACAAUCGUAAUGAGAAUGAAAAGUUGCGAGACAACAGCACUUGUAGCAGUAGCAGAAUUCCAGUAUUUAAUCCAAGCGGGUCAACUCGGAUGCUCUCACAAAGAUCAUCAUGGGCUGGAUCGGAAGAUGGACCAGACAUGUGCGAUUUGACACCAGGUCUUCGUCGACGAAGACAAAACGCUGAAAAAUAUGUGACAGAUCCAUCACAACUUAAUUUGCGCUUCACGAGACCGAAAAGCCGGCCCAUCGUAAGAACUCGUGGAAUCCCAUCGCACUUAUUGAGUGCACAGCCAAACGGUCGACAACAAGCGCAACAACAUCCACAGCUUAACGACAAUGAACACAACUCAUCUGACACGAGCGUAGAGGACAGUAAAAUACAAUUUCAGAAUAAUUUACGUAAAUUUAAAGCAAAAUGUGAUAAUGAAUUGGAAAAAUUGCUUGAAAAGUGUGAGAGUCGUCGUAAAACCAGUGAUCGAAGAUAUUUUGGUUCAGAGUCAGUUUCACCAUCGUCACGAUUCGUGAUGGGUGAGUUAGGAGCGAAAAAUGUGCGUAGGCUUGACGGCGCUACUAAUACUUUCAAUGCAAGUAAAGAUGAUGAUGGAAAUGGAACAUGAAUAGCAGCAUAUGAUGCUGACUAUGGACUCUUAAUAUAAAAAAAAUUAAAAAACAAAUAAUAAUAUUAAUAUUUAACUAUGAUAAUUGUCUUUUCAUGCGCUCUCUGAUUUCCAUGACAAAAAAAUUAUAUCGUGAAGCUUUUAAUUUUGUUUCUUUAUUCAAAGUGAUUAGUCAGACGUGCUGGCGCUUCUAUUCAUGUAACUACCAUUCAUGCAUUAUCAUCAAUUGAAAUGAAAACAAACAAACAUUUGUGAAUGAAAUCAAAUUUUUUUUGUGAAAGAAAGCAAGCAAAUAUUGAAUGAUAUUUAAGUAAAGUCAUUUUGCUUUAAGUCGGUCAUUCUCUAGUCAUUAAUUCAUAACUUAUUUCUUUCAAAUAUACAAAACUCACAUUACAUGCUAAACCAGAAAACAAAAAAUUGUCCUAUUUCUAUGAUAUUAUAAAAAAUAUCAUCUAAUGACGUCACUUGUCAUUCAACUUUGAUGCAAGUGUAAGACAGAAGAAGAAAUGUUUUAAAAUUAAAUUUAAUCACGUGCUUUGCAAAAAGAUUAAAAUUAAAAGUUGAAGAAAAUUUCAAGAUUGUGUAAAAAAAAUAAAAAAAAAGUUUAUAAAAGUCUAUGAAGAAAAAAAAAGAAGAAUAUCUUAGUUAAUAAGUAGCAAUCAGUGAGGAUUAAAUAUACAUAAAAUAGUUUUGAUGAAUAUGUUUGAGACAAGAAAACUCAUCAAUGAUGAACAAGAAAGUUCUAAGCAUCAGUCGGUGUUUCCCUGUCAUUUCCCAGACUUCUCCUGAUUUAUGACAGGUUUGCACUGCUUUAAUCUCUUUAUAAAUUCUCGUUUUUGUUUCCAAAGAAAUGAAUUUAUAACAAAAUUGAAUCGUCCAAAUCAUUUGAAAUGAUAUAAACACAGAAAAACUUGAUACUCCAAAAAACGAAUAAUUAUUUAUUACCCAAAGAAUAUCUAAUUAAGAUUUUUUGUUUUUUAUUUAUUUGAGAAAUUUUUGAUUCCUUUUUCGAUCCUCGAUUUAUAUGAAUUAAAAAAAUGCUUUAGCUGUUUGAUGACCAAAGAAAUUUGCUGCUUAGGCUGUAUACAAAAUUUAUUUAUUAAAUAUUUUAUGCUUUCAUUUAUUUAUUAUUUAUUUCUUUGAAUCAAGAUCAAUAAUCAGUAUCGAGUGCUAGCAUUUAUUUAAAGAUCUUUAAACUGAUAAAAGAGCAAACAAAACAGAAAAAAAACUUUCAAUUCUCUUUGUAAGAAAAAAUGAAAACGCAAACAUCAAAAAUGUUUUGUUUUGUUUUCCUUUUUCUAAUCCAAAUCAACAAAAGAAUAAAAUUUAUGAGAACAAUAUAAUUAAUUAAUCUGAAUAAACAACAACUUAACCCAGAAUUACUCAAUAGUUAAACUACUUAAUAUUAUAUCCAAUCCAAACUGAAAACAGGAAGAAACCUCGAAGAUCGCCAUUUUUGUUCGAUCAAGAAGUUUAAGCUGGUCGGUCGUAGGUGAAAUUAAAGAAAAUUAAAAGAGAUGGAGAUUGUAAUUUUUAUAAAAUAUAAUUAAAAGUUCUAGAAAUUUGCAGAACAAAGAAUGAAAACUAAGAACAAAAAAUUAAAUUAAACAUAAAUCUCUUUAAAGUUUAAAUGAAUUAAAAUGUUGUCAGUGAAUUUAAAACCGAGUCUUAAGAGAAUGCUUUAAAUGUAGUUAAAUGUAAUGAUUUAAAGUUUUCAGUUUUGAAUUUCUAACAAUACAAAACUUUUGCAUAGAAUCUCAUGAAUUGGUAAAUCUUCUUUUUCUAUAAAAACAAAAGCAUAAAAUAAUAAAAUAAUUUCCCAAUAAUUAUCUUGAAAAUAGAGAAAAUUUUGAAAUAUUUUUACGCAUUGAAACUACUACCAAGUUCUUUAGUGCGAUGGAUAAGAAAUGCAAACUUACUAUUGGAAGGUAGCAAAGAUUGAGGAAAGAUUGUAAAGAUUUAUUAAUUAUUUUGCAUCAUUAACCUUGUGCAAUGAAAUCAAUGAAUGUGGUGCGCAUUAUAGAUAAAAAAGCUAUGUAAACGUAGAUGAAACAAAGUAUAAAGUUCUAAAUUUUAUUUUUUAGAAAUUCAUUGAAAGCAACAUUGAAUGUUCAUUGAUCGAACAAAAUUAAUAAAUAAAUAAUAAAAAAAUAUAUAAAAUUAAUUCAUUUUCUUCUCACUUAAUAUUUUUCUGAGUCUUCAAG